AUGGCUAGAGGGAAAUAUGGUUUUAAAAUCGAGAAAGAAUAUAUAGAUCCGUCCAUACUGUAUAGUAUACAAAUUAUUUUAACCAUACUAUUGGCAUGUGAGCCAACACUUUAUUAUGCAUCAGAAACAACAGCUAUUGGUACACAAGUUAAACUGCCAGGAUACAUUAUAUUUCGCUGUGUAUUGCGUACCGUAGCAUGGUUAUAUUCAUUAAUUAUACUUCGGGUGGAGAGAACAAAAACAUUGCCAACUAUUCAGUCAAGAGGACAUGGUUUAAUAAUACUUACUUAUUGGUGUUUAAGUUUUUUGAUUGAAGCAUUAGCAUUAGUUUCCUAUCGCAGUCCAUUAUGGUACUUUAAUGUGACAACGAGAAUCGAUCAAGUCCGAUUAGGUUAUUGGAUAUUUCGAUUUUCAGCGACGAUAAUCGUAUUUUUAAUUGGAUUAAGAGGUCCUGGCGUACCUCGACGUCGAUAUGCUGCUUCGUUAAUACGUACUGAAUCUCAAAUUGAAGAAGCACAGCAAAAUGAAAAUGUUUCGAGUAAAUUUUUUCGCCACAUUAAAACACUUGCACCUUAUAUAUGGCCGAAAGGAAAAAUUGGUCUACAACUAAAUGUAUUUAUUUGUAUCGCAAUAGUAGUAGCUGGAAGAUUAUUAAGUUUAGAAGUACCGAGAUAUACAAAAUUAAUUACUGAUGAAUUAAUAAAUGCUGGUGGUGAUAAUUCUUCAACAACAGAUACACUUUUAAAUAUUGGACAUCUACUUCAAAAUCCACAAGUAUGGCCAUGGCGAUUAGUCUUGGUAUUGAUGGGUUUGAGACUUUUACAAGGUGGAUCAUUUGGUAGUGGUAUGUUAGGAUUAUUACGUUCCGUUUUGUGGAUUAAAGUUGAACAAUAUACAACUCGUACUCUAAAAUUACGUGUUUUCUCUCAUUUACAUAAUUUAUCAUUAAAAUGGCAUUUAUCUCGUAAAACUGGUGAAGUCUUGAGAAUAGUUGAUCGUGGUACAGACUCUGUUGAUUCACUAUUAAAUUAUAUUCUCUUUAACAUUGUGCCGACAAUUGCCGAUAUUCUUAUUGCCAUUGUAUAUUUUAUAAUUGUAUUUAAUAUAUGGUUUGGCAUUAUUGUAUUUGCUACAAUGUUAAUAUAUUUAAUUGUAACGAUUCUAAUUACAGAAUGGAGGACAAAAUACAAACGAGAAAUGAAUAAAUUAGAUAAUGAAAUGAGCGCAACUGCCGUUGAUUCUUUAUUAAAUUUUGAAACAGUUAAAUAUUAUGGUGCUGAACCAUAUGAAGUGAAUCAGUAUCAUACAGCUAUAACAAAAUAUCAACGUGCUGAAUAUAUAAGUCAAUUAACACUGCAACUAUUAAAUAUUGUUCAAGCUAUGAUCAUUGGUAUUGGAUUAACCGCUGGAAGUUUGUAUUGUGCGUGCCCAUUGAAUUCGUUUGGCAGCGUUUACCGUAUGAUUCAACAAGCAUUCAUUGAUAUGGAAAAUAUGUUAGAUUUACUUGAUAUUCAACCAGAAAUACAAGAUCGACCUUUUGCUCAAGAUAUUCAAAUCAACAAUGGAAUGAUCGAGUUUGAGAAUGUUUGCUUUCAUUAUCAACCGGAAAGACCAAUAUUGAAGAAUGUUUCAUUCUCAAUUUUACCGGGUCAGACCAUGGCAAUUGUCGGUCCUAGUGGUGCUGGUAAAAGUACAAUUGUUCGUUUAAUGUUUCGAUUUUAUGAUGUUGAAAGUGGUGAAAUCAAAAUUGAUGGUACAAACAUUUCAAUGGUUACACAAAACUCAUUGAGACGAUCGAUUGGUGUUGUGCCACAGGAUACUGUGUUGUUUAAUAAAGAUGUUUUAUACAAUAUCCGUUAUGGAAGAGUAACAGCUGCUGAUCGUGAAGUUGAAAAUGCGGCUCGCUUAGCUGAAAUGCAUGAUCGUAUUUUAACAUUUCCCGAUGGCUAUAGAACUGUUGUAGGUGAACGAGGUCUAAAAUUGUCAGGUGGUGAAAAACAAAGAGUGUGUAUAGCACGAACAGCAUUAAAAGCCCCGGUUAUUGUUUUACUUGAUGAAGCAACAUCUGCAUUAGAUACACACACUGAAAGACAAAUACAAUCAGCAUUAAAAAGUGUUACCGAAGGUCGUACAACGCUGAUUGUUGCACAUCGUUUAUCAACGAUAUCCCAUGCCGAUUUAAUUAUAGUUUUAAAAGAAGGUGAAGUUGUUGAACGAGGAAAUCAUGAACAAUUACUUCAAUUAAAUAGUGUUUAUGCAAGUAUGUGGAAUGAACAGUCAACAAGUUAUACGGAAGCUGGACUAAAUAACGAAAUACAAUCAGAUGGAGAAUUAUUGGUAAAUUUUGACGAUAAUUCCCAUAAAAAUCCACAUAUGUAA